UCUAAUUAAAAAUAGUUAUCUUCCAUAUUUAUUACUAUAGUGUUAGGCCUCAUAAGUACUAAAACAGAGUAUAAAUACGAGACCGACUUAAUACUCAUCCGCCACGUGUUUUUGCGUAUAAAAAAAACACGAGUCCAAACAUUUCUUCACUUCACUCCAUUUUCUCAUCUAACAUCGACGAAGAAGAGAGACACACAACACACAAAGAUUCGUCUGCUUAUGGCUCUCGAAGCGAUGAAUUCUCCUUCGUUCACAGUCCGUAAAGAUAGAAUCGAAGCAACAGAAGAUGAUCUGAUGAACGACGCCGUUUUCAUGGAGCCUUGGCUGAAACGCAAACGCUCGAAACGCCAGCGUUCUCGCAGCCCUUCUCCGUCCACCUCUUCCUCGCCGCCUCGAUCUCGUCGCCCUAAAUCCGAGAGUCAGGAUCUCACGGAGGAAGAGUAUCUCGCUCUGUGUCUCCUCAAGCUCGCUAAAGACAAACACUCACCGCGGCCGCAGCCGCAAGACUCGACGAAGCUCUCGUACAAGUGUAGCGUUUGCGGAAAAGCGUUUCCUUCGUAUCAGGCGUUAGGCGGACACAAAGCGAGCCACCGAAUCAAGCCUCUAACCGCCGAUAAUUCAACAUCUCCGAUCAUCGCCGGAGAGAAGCAUCACAGUUCCGCCACCGUCCCACCUUCCGGGAAGAUUCACGAGUGCUCUAUCUGCCGUAAAGUGUUUCCGACGGGUCAAGCACUCGGCGGUCACAAACGCUGCCACUACGAAGGAAACCUCGGAGGAGGAAGCAAAACGAUUAGCCAGAGUGGAAGCGUGUCGAGCACGGUUUCGGAAGAUCGAAGCAACCACGUGUUGAUCGAUCUAAACCUCCCGGCUUUACCGGAGCUCAGCCUUCAUCACAACCCAGUCGUCGACGAGGAGAUACUGAGUCCGUUGACCGGGAAGAAACCGCUUUUGUUGACGGAUCGUGACCAAGUCAUCAAGAAAGAAGAUUUAUCUCUAAGAAUAUAAUAAUAAUUCUAUUAUUAUACAUAAAACUUAGUUAUAAAGCAUUUAGUUUCAUUUUCAUUCGUUGCAAUUAUUUUUUUUUUAACUAUGGGAUUGGGUAGGGAUUCAUUUCAUGUCAGGGGUUUAUACAGAAUAUGAUUGUUUGGUUUUGAAUAAAUCAUAGUUUCAUUUUGAUUGUUAUUUAGCUUACUGAUCUCUCGAGUUCAGUUUGUAUAAUAUAAGACACGUGGCAUUCUGUGUGUGAACACAGAGCAGAAAUAGUUGAGGGAACGCGAAUCCGAAUCCUUCCAUGUGGAUUCGUUUCCUUGAUUAGCAUUUAGCACAUGUAUUAUCAUUUCGGUACAUAAACUGUUAUAUUUAUUCUUUGCCAUACCUUCCGAUAUGGUUAUUGGCCACUAAAA